AUGUACCGAAUCUCCAUGCCAAAUGUCAAUGAUCUGACCAAACUUCCACCAGCGGAGAAAGAACGCUUGAUCCAUGAGUCUAGAGGACCUAUGGUUCUCGGGGUGGCGUUUAGCUUCUAUGGGCUAUCGGUCAUAUUAGUGGCUACCAGGAUAUAUGUCCGAACGAAGAUCUCAAGGCAGGCGAAAAUAGAUGAUUGGAUCAUCUUAGGCACCGAAGUAAGUCGUACGGCCGUUGUAUCUGGACUUGGCUAUGCAGAGUUAUUGACGCGUUACGCUUUCUGUGCGGAGCAGGUAAUAUGUACUGCUAUGAUGGUCUUUGUGUAUUAUCGUGAGUAUGAGGAAGACUAUAGAGGAUGUGCGCCAUUGCUGACACCUGUCGAUAGAGAUCUACUACGGUGAUGGAAGACAUUUGCAGGCUCUGACCACUUUCGAUGUGGACAACAUUGCGAAGGUAUGCAUAUGGGCGAUCGAUACUUGGAUGCAUCUCUAACCGCCAUCUGAGAUGAACUUUGCUGCUCUGCUCUGCUGGACUGUCUCUGUCACCUCUGCCAAAAGCUCCAUCUUCUUACAAUAUCUUCGAUGGUUUUCUUUCCGCCGGACGACAGGAUUAAUAUGGGCUUUGAUGGUCAUCGUGGUGCUCGGGUGUGUCUGCACGCUUGUCGCUGUGCUGACUGCUUGUAUCCCGAUCCGAGCUGUCUGGAACACCGCGAUUCGGAACGACAAGGGGAAGUGCUUCGAUCAGAGAAUGUAUGAGACCGUCGCAAGUCAGAAGCUCUCCAUGCUGACGAGCGGUACAGAUUCUGGCAGGUCCAGCCUGCAUUCGAGGCCGUUACUUGCUCGAUCAUGCUCGGUCUCCUCAUACGACCGCUCUGGAAGCUCCAGAUGCCCAAAGCCAAGAAGAUUGGCAUCAUUAUCCUGCUCGGUCUCAGCUCUUCGUCUUGCAUUGCCAGUGUCCUACGACUGAAGAGUGCCUUGGACGCUUUCCCCAAGGACGACGACACGUUCUAUGACUUCACCUGGACGGGGGUCAUGGAUACGCUGUACGCUAUCACAGAAGUAUUGCUGGGAAUCAUCUGCUGCUCAGUUCCCGCCCUGAUGCCCAUAAGGUUUCGACUUCUACCGUGCUUCUUUAGACAAGAUCCAGAACCGCUUGCUGCUCGUCCCCCGCCUCACCUGCCGCUGCAGUCGCCGCAGACGGAACAGAGGGCUCCUAUCCUUGGUCAACCGGAUUUGCCAUCCGGAUCCUCUGUUGAACUGGAGCAUAUCAAAGGUGGUGCUCAGCCGCUGUUGCCAACUUGUCAUUCUAGGGAUACUUUGCCUUCCAUUGACGAUGAUCUUUCGAUAACCCAGGUCGGGAGUAGCGAGCGCUCGAGCUCCGUGGAUUCGCAGACUACUCAGAGGUCUAUGUCUACGCAGAAGACUCUGACGACUAUGCCUACGGUUACCGAGACCUGA